GGCCCCGCUCGCCCCCCUUCCCCGUGGCCGCUGGGUGGUGGCGCGCGCAGCGCGUGCGCGGGGCGGGCGGACUGGCGGGCGGCGGGCGCUGCGCUGCCCCGGGCGCGGCAGUGCGACAUGUCCCACCAGACCGGCAUCCAAGCUAGUGGAAGUGUUAAAGACACCUUUGUUGGAGCCAGAAAUGGGCAAUACCGGCUUUUAAAAAUAGUCAUUGACAAUGAGCAGCUUGUUGUGGGAUCCUCUAGGAGGCCAGUUGGAUCAUGGGAAAAAGAUUAUGAUUCCUUUGUCCUUCCCCUACUUGAAGACAAGCAACCAUGUUAUAUAUUAUACAGAUUAGAUUCUCAGAAUGCUCAAGGAUAUGAAUGGAUCUUCAUUGCAUGGUCACCUGAUCACUCUCCCGUUCGUCAAAAAAUGUUGUAUGCAGCAACCCGAGCAACACUUAAGAAAGAAUUUGGAGGUGGCCAUAUUAAGGAUGAAGUAUUUGGAACAGUACAGGAUGAUGUUUCACUGAAUGGAUAUAAAAAAUAUUUGAUAUCACAGUCCUCCCCUGCACCUCUGACUGCAGCAGAAGAAGAACUUCGACAAAUUAAGAUUAAUGAGGUACAGACAGAUGUUGGUGUAGAUACUAAGCAUCAAACAUUGCAAGGAGUAGCAUUUCCCAUUGCUAAAGAAGCUAUUCAGGCUUUGGAGAAAUUGAAAAAUAAGAAACUCAAUUACGUACAACUGCAAAUUGAUAUGAAAAAUGAAACUAUUAUUUUGGCCAACACACUUCAUACUGAAAUUAAGGACUUGCCAAAAAGAAUUCCAAAGGACGCUGCACGUUACCACUUUUUCCUGUACAAGCAUGCCCAUGAAGGAGACUACUUGGAAUCCAUAGUUUUCAUCUACUCUAUGCCUGGGUAUACCUGUAGUAUACGAGAACGGAUGCUCUACUCUAGUUGCAAAAGUCCGCUGUUAGAAAUUGUAGAAAGACAGUUGUGGAUGCAGAUAAUUAGAAAGAUUGAAAUAGAUAAUGGUGAUGAGUUAACUGCUGACUUUCUUUAUGAAGAAGUUCAUCCAAAACAACAUGCUCACAAACAAAGUUUUGCUAAACCAAAAGGUCCUGCGGGGAAGAGGGGAAUACGAAGACUGAUUAGAGGUCCAGCAGAGACUGAAACGCCUAGUGAUUAGAAAUUAUUGUUUGCGUUUGUUAGGAGGUUUUACAGUAAGAAAUUAAAUUCUGGCUUUUGACAAUGAACUGAAAUCAUUCCAUUCAUAGAUGCUAGAGAAAAAAAGGCUCAUUUGACUCUCCUUUUCUGACCUCAACACAUUUUAUAUUGUUACAUGAUUAUAUUUGUUGACCAUGUUUUAUGACAUCUGGAAGAACUAAUGAUUUUAAAGCUAGAGGAGGAAAACUAAGCUAGUACCCAUUUAUUUUAAAUGAUAAUCCAUUAUUUAGUAGCUGUACAUGUGAUCAUAAACUUUGCAGACUUAAGACUAUAAUAAGCUCGUGUAUUCUGUAUGUUGCAGCUGUAUGCCUAGAUAACAAAUCUGUAUUCUUAUGAGUAGACUAUUGAAAUCCAUAAGUUUUUCCGUGUGAGAAGAGCUGAAGGACUAUGUAGCAUUGUCUAGAUAAAUCUUUAUUUUUCCUUAUAGCUCUUACAAACAGUAGUACAACAGAAGGUUUUCUUCUGGUUUUGACAUGCUGCAUUAUUAGGCUUUGUUGUUGUUUUGUUUAAUAGAGAAGAUAAACUAAAAUCAGUUAUCCGUCAGCUAAUGUAAGUGUUCAGGAAUAGCUGGAUGUUUUUCCACACAAAAGCAUGGUCAUUUCAAAUUCAUAAUGAAUUUCAUGGAACUGACUUUUAAAGAAAUCUGACUUAAGACCACUAUAGGUUUUCCAGACUUCUAUACCAUUCAUAAGCCUUACAUAUUAAGUACUGAAUGACCAAGUAAAAGGUGAUUAAAAGUGCAUGAGUUAGUAUACUCGGUAGAGUAUAUGGAGCUGCUUUCAAAGCAAUAUGCUUAAAGUUUCUAAUAAAUAAUUGAUUGUCUGCACACUUGGAUCUAAAACUGUGAAAAUUAAGUAAAAAUUCAAAUAGACUUGUUUCCUAAUGGUCAGUUAUUCUUGAGAUCCCAGUGCGUUUGCAAUAUCAACUGCAAUUUUAACUUUCAAGUUAUUCUGAAAGUGACUUUUCUAAAUGUUUGAACUUUAAUAGUAACUUAAAUCUGUAACAAAAUCCAGCCAGGUCUUGAAUAACUGCUGGCAGCACCUGGUUUGGAUUUUGUCUCUCCGCCCGCUCCCUCUCCUUCCCUUCUCCAAAUACUAAAAUCAGACACAGUAGUUUAAACUUAAUUGAACCGUGAGUAAUGUCUUCAAAAGGUAGAGGAAAAAUAGAUUAUUUUAGUAAUUGAGUUGAAGAAGAAUUAGAUGUGGAAAUAAAGUAUUGGAUGACCUUAAAUAUUUAAAGUUGUGCAAUGAGGCAAAUACUAGUGGAUAGGUUAUAUUCCCCGGUGGGGACUUGCGUUUUACUGUCUUGUAUGUGAACUUUGUGGGGUUUUCUUCUGUUUUUUUAAAAAGCCACGUGGGCGUUGCAAGUCUGGUUCACGGCAUAGAAUCAUAAGUGCUGGAUGUACACAUCGUAUAGCCCAAUCUCGUGUUUACCUAGUAGAGGAUAGAUUGUCACCUAGUUUUGUAGCAAAAGAGUGCUUUGACACUACUAGUUCUUGAUAAAAUUUGCUUUAUCUUAUAUAUUAUUUUGUUUGGAGAUACUAGCUUGUUACUGAUGUCUGAGAUUGCACUAUAUAAUGUGAAGAUUGCAAUAGCUGUUGCUUUUACUGUGUUUUUCUAUACCCAGUAGAAAUUUGACACCUCAGCUUUUUCUCAUUUAAUCUUAUACACUACAUCAAUCCAGUUCAUUAGCUCUUCAUCUCUCAGCUCAUCUCCUCCUUGCCCUUAGCUACUGUGUUCUUUUUCUGCCUUGUGCUGCAUCUCUCUAGGGCAAGGAGCUGUUCUUGGGAGUGUUCCUUCUAUGUCCUACCUGUCAGGCAAGUGUCAUUGUUUUUUAAACACGGCUGAUGUGCGUGCAGCUCACUGUGCACUGUAAUUAAACGUAUUUUGGGUUGAACUCUGAAUCUUUUCAGCACAUCUGAUUUACUUUGGGGUAUGGGUUAGUUUUUUUAAAAUUUGUUUUGGGGAUGUUAAAGGAAAACCUUUGAGUGUAGCAGUUAAAAAUUACCACUUUUUGUUUUAAUUUAAUAUUCCUGUCCAUGUCGGCCAUACUGAGAGUGCACAUACAUUUUCAUGUUUAUUUGAGCCAGUAAAGAAGUUCAGCUUUUUAAUAACAAAUAUUUCAAAUAACAAACAGUUUAACUUGAUAUGGUUAUGUGCAUGUUGUAUUUUGGUUUCUUUAUUUCCCUAAUCUUACGCUAGGCAGGUGGGGAUAGGAGGUACAAAGCUUAGGCUGGAGCAUGGUGAGGCCUGGUGAAGUGAUUAUGCCAGGGAGUUUAUAAUGAGCUGCUAUAGAGUUCAGCCCAAACCACACAUUUUAAGUUAUUUUACUUGAAACUAUUCUAUGUGAGUGUACAACCCCCAACCAGGCAGCAGAGAGUUAUGUCCUGAGCUUAUUCCCCCUCACCUUUCCCUUAAAACAGAGUUGUAUGAAGUCUUGCACUGCCGACUGCCUCUCCAGGCCUCUUGUAGCUAUUUUCCUGACAAAGCAAUAAGAAGCAUCUGCUCUUUUUGAGAGAUCCAUCACGUUUACAUCUGCAUCGGUGCCUCACGUAACACUACUACUGUUAAUGAAUGUUCAAAGCCAGCACAAAAUGAGGGCAUUAAUGACAGUUAUUCCUUUACUGUCUCUGGUUAUUUAGUAAUUGAAAGCGUCCACUCAAAAUUGUUGUUGGCCUUCAUAAAGCCCAGAAGCAGUGCAGCUGCUUGCAAAUAACUCACAAGCUAUUAAAUACUUGUUAAUUAACAUGACAGCUAAUUAUUUUUCAGUGUUUAUGUUGCAAGGUAGGAGAAUUUUUGAUGUUUUAAAACACUCCUAUCAGAGGUUUGUAAAACUAAUCAAGGUGAUAAUUGCUCAGUUACUUGGAGAAACACACGGAUAAAAGAAACUUUUGAUUUACGCUGUCUGUAUUCAGUGAAAACCACCUUCAGAUGCUAAAAUUAACUAAGUUUAUCUAUUUUGUAAUUUACUUUAUAAAUAAAGAUUGAUGCUUUA